GCAAAGCCGUCAGUAGUCACCCCCAGGUUGAACGCGUAGGUGGUUAUUUGGGGCGGAUUUGAUCCCCGCCAGGGGAAGUUGUCUCGUCUCGAUACCGACCUCGGCUGAAAAACCCGUCGCGAACCUGACUCGGUACCGCAGCUACGUCCGCAGAGUUUGUUUGUGAUAAGUGAAGGGCUGAGUGGAAGUAGCGGGGGCGACGAAGAUGCGAUCGAAAAGGUACGCGGCCUCGAACUUCACCGGAUAAAUUUCGAAGCACCAGAUCGAUCCUGGACGAGUUUCAAACAUCGGCAAUGGGGAUUGCGUGAUUCAAGACUUGGGGAACAGUUCCGCCGGCGAUUUAGAACACUUGAGAGGAGAAUCGAGUGUCGGAGAGUCCAGAAAACGCCGGAGAGAAGGAAAGUGAAUUCGGAGACAAGCCGUUUGAGUCAAAUAAGCAGACAAGAAAGAAAGAGUGCGACAUCUGUGCCAAAAGCUUUCGGGCUGGGAGGAGGAGGCAGGAGUUGCGUGAGGUUGUGUACCAAGGUGAAGUAGUGGACGGAAGUGGUUGGGACGGAGUGAAGUGCAAAGAAGGGUGAAAGGGCGGACCAGGCACCUCAGGGUGGGUGGGGGGAUGCGGCGCGUAGGGGGGGCGGCAUGGAGGAGCCCUCGCUGGAGGCUCUCAUGCAGGCGGGCCUCAUCUUCGUGGUCGGCGUCGCGAUCAUACUUUCGAAUCUACUCAUCAUCGCCACCUACCUCAACUUCCGCGGCCCCAGCGAGGUGAUAAACUACUACUUGCUGUCAUUGGCCUCAGCCGAUCUGCUCUGCGGAUUGCUCGUUGUCCCGCUCUCCGUUUAUCCAGCGUUAGUGCGGCGAUGGGUCUACAGCGACAUCGUGUGCCGGCUAAUCGGCUACCUGGAGGUCACGCUCUGGGCAGUCUCGGUCUACACCUUCAUGUGGAUUUCCGUCGACCGAUACCUCGCCAUCAGGAAACCACUGAGAUACGAGACGGUGCAGACGAAAACGAGGUGCCAAUGCUGGAUGGCGUUCACUUGGAUCAGCGCUGCAAUGAUGUGCUGCCCGCCUCUGCUCGGCUUCAACAAGGCGAUCUUCGACCACGAAGCCUUCAUAUGCAUGCUCGACUGGGGAAACAUGGCCGCGUACACCGUGACUCUGUCCAUCCUGGUCCUGGGCCCGUCGGUGAUCACAAUCGUCUACACCUACUACUACAUAUUCUCAAUGAUGAGAAAACUGAGAUCCGGCGUGCCUAUCCACGACAAGGAGUACGCUACAGCGCUGUCCGAAAACCUGAGCAAUCCUAGUCACAUCAUGUCGUUCGUCCUAGUGAUGACGUUCUGGGCCUCGUGGGCGCCGUACGCUGGUCUCAAACUCUACGCGGUCGUUAAUGGACCACCGCAGGUACCAUUCCUGAACUUUGCUGUCGUGUGGUUCGGACUUACCAACAGCUUCUGGAAGGCCGUUGUCCUUGGGACGCUGAGCCCUCAGUUUCGACUCGCCGCUCGGGUCCUCUGUCUGACUCUGUGCUGCCGACACCGAAGACUUCCCCCGGAGCUCCUGGGUCUGGACGACGACGACUAAACAGAGUACCGAUACGUAGCUAAGGUCGAGCGAGUGUCUGUGCGUUCUACACGCGCCGCAUUCCUAGAGCAUCGCAUUACACAUUUUCUAUCUCGUGUUAUACUGGGAGUUGAUCCUACAGUUUUUCCUCGCGUGUUGAAGGAGCAUGAUAAUGACUCAAUUUCGCGGUUCGGUUCACUUGUUGCGAGUUAUAAUCCGGGAGAUUUUCUUAGACCGUUGGAACGUCGAAUAUUCAUAUCCAGCAUUGUGUCGAUUCAUUGUUAUCUUUCGUUUCGACGGUUGAACGUAUACUUCGGACAGGUAUUGUUCACUUAGAGCUAAUUGAAAAAGCUUUGUUCUGGAAGUCUUUCAAUUCAUCUGAGAAAAGCACACACUUUAUCGAACAAAACCAAACAUGAAACGUGUGCUGGGCAUUCCAGGUCAAUUUCAUUCGUUCUCAAUACUCGUUUCGAUAAUUAUUUCAUAAAGAUAUAUACACCGCAGGUGCGAUAAUUUUUGUGGGAGUUUGAAAUCUUCAUUUCCAAACUCUUGAGGCACAUGAUUUUCUCUCAAGAUCUUCAGUUUGAUUGAUUUCCACUCUUAAGUAUUCGUAGCUGUAAUAAUUAUUGUUAAGUAUCAUAACCAAAAAUUUCAAACGAAAUAAAAGAAAAUAAAUUCCAACGUAGAUACAUUUUUCCUUUUACCGUUUUAUCAAACUUUGCCUUUCCAAAAGUCGACAAUUUCGUUUUUCUGAUAUAUCUCUCACAUAAUAUAUGAGAGCACAUUUUUUUCGCACCAUAAACUCGGAUAAUAACACUUUUAUCUGCGACUUAGAUUAAUACAACCUACAAUUAGCCUUAACAGUUGUAAAUAUUUUAAAAUAAAAGAGAAUGCAAUAUUCAGUUAAACCAUGGAACAUUUGAAUUAGGUAAACCAAACGACUCAUUAUUUGAUUUAUUUAUAUCAAUUCCUUGCCGUCUCUUGACUCAUAACUCGUAGAAUUGGGAUGCAGCAAUGACCGUGGUGACGGUUCGAAAACUUUAUCUUUUAUUAUUGAAGUUGAACUUAAAAAGAAAAAACGCAGGCUUUAAAUUUCUACACUGCGCAGUAUCACAUAAAAUUUAUCACACAGAACGUGAGUAUACCAAGUUAUGUUUUUUUUUUUUUUUUGGUCUACAUUUUUACUGAAUCUACACAUGUAUAUGACGUGACAACGUAUGCCAUGAAUUUCAACAAUUUUGAGAGUUAAAAAAAAAAUCGAUGCGAAUAAAUCUAAAGCGAGAUUAGGCAGUUAGAAUCCAUCAAAUUAUUCUACGAUAAAAAAAAAAAAAAAACAAAGAAUUACAAUACCAAAAUUUUUAUCGAAACGAUGAACGUCUGCAAGAAGUUGAGUUCAUUUGGAAUGCCUGGCGUGCAUAUUUCUUUGAUUCUAAAUUUGCGCUACACGUGUUUGGACGUGGUAAACAAAAUGAUAAAUGAGAAUAUAUAAACUGCAUUCCGACUAAAAUAUAAAGAAUAAAAUUACUAUAAUUAAAAUCGCUUCGUCGGCUAUAUUCAGCCGACGUUUUCUUCUCUAUAUAAAAGUACAUACAAUAUUGUCACGUUGAAUAGAUGCGGGCAAUGCAGCAGUGUGCUGGAUUGAUAUCCUAUAUAGCGAUGAUCCAGAGACGCAGUGAGAUGAAAAAAAAACAUAUUUAUAUGCAUAUAUACAUAAUUCACAUGUAUGUAUGAAUAUAUAUGUAUAUGUUACGUAACGAAUAGUAAGACUGACCAGUUGGUCGCGUAAUUUCGAUUAGACAUCUUCAAAUCUACAAAGUAACUUCGCUUCGCUCAAUCUAGCAUCUGUUAUUUAGCGUGAGAAUUUCUUACGAAAAGGAGAAAAAAAUUUAUAGAAAAAAAAAAUGAAGAAAAAGGAAGAAAAUUAAAAAAAUUUUACCGUUGUCUAUAUCUGUACGUUUAUAUAAGAUCACGCUCAAUAAGUGUUUUAGCGAGCUAAACAAAGAAAAAAAAAAAAGUUACUAUAUUGUGAAGAUUAAUUAACGUUAACAUAUGCGAAAAAAAAGAAAAUGAAGCAAAAAAAAAGUACCUAGUCAAUUACAGAGAUGCCUCUAUGAAUGUGACGUGCUAAAAUUAGAACAAAAAAUGUAUUAAAAAUCGUAGAACGCCUUGGGACAAAACCGCGCGAAUUUUAAGCUUUUUUAAUCGUGCUUAAUCUAUCCUACGAUGCGGUCGAACCUCUCUCUGUUGUGUCAAAAGACGAACGAUUCAAAAACAAAAAAAAAAACACCCCUUGCUGUAGGCACUGUAAGAAGAAGUAAAAGAUGAAUAAAAAUCAUGACGGUAACUAAACAUACUGUAAAGUGAAAUAAAAUUCAAAAAGCGAUAAAAGUGGUAUCGUGCACCCAGCGAACUCAUAACGACAUCGUAGUGGAAAUGAAUUGUCAAAUUGUUGUUAAAGAAAAAAAAAGGAAAAAGGGAAAGAAGAGAGAGCCAAAAGAAUAUAUAUCGUAUUAUUAUAAAAUACGCAUUUAAUAUAGAACGUAGUUUGUUGUAUUAUGCGGCGAUGAAUACGGUGUGAGUGCGCGUGUAUAAUAACUGAUGAUCAAAUCUUGUGAGUCGGCUAGGUCCACAAUUACGUCUUUCACGUACGGAUUGUGCUUCACGUAUUCAUUCAAUUUUCGCAUGCGAUCCUCGAAUAUCAAUGAAAAUCGAACAUAUUGUUACGGGAAGCUAAAGAGUUUGAAGCCCAUCUCGUACGCCGAAAGGUGAUCAAUAAUUCUUUGAUUCUCUAUAUGUUGUAAGAUAGUUGAUUAAUUAAUUAAUUAAAAAAGCAGUUUACGCGUAGCGCAAUCAGCAGCAGUCGCAAGACCCAGCUAACAAAUUGAAAUUCAAUUAAAAUUUCUUCCCAAAUACGCUAAAAAUUACAAUUAUAAUACAUACUUAUAGAAUGUGUGUGUUGUGUGCACAUAUAAAUCUAUAGCAACAUCGAAAAUGAUGGUCUGUUUGAUUCACACGGGCAACGAUGAUUGUAUGACUAGCCUAUUUUUCGCAGUAAAUGUUACAGACAUUUUGGUAUUUCAAAAAUUGAAAAGAAAUUUUAAUUUUCACUUUAGUUAUUUUGAGUGAAAUUCAUUUACUUGUUGGGCAAAAAAUCCAUGUCAUUUUUACAUGAGUUUACACGGUACAAAAAAGAGGUAUUAAAUAUACGUAGAACAAAUAUGAAACGUUUAUGUUAAUUAUUUAGAAUUCACGGCAGGGUUCAGGAUGCCGAUAAAUUAUAAUACCCACCACAAUUUUUGUAAUUUUUACUUAAGAAAAUCGCUGUCAAAGUAAUCAGAGUCGCAGAUGAAAAUCCAUCAGAACAUUGUUUCCAAAUACAGUAAUGGGAAACUCGCAUACAUACAAACUUAUAUAAAUGCGUCAAUCCGCAAAUUAUUGGUCAACGAUCCGGAGUAAGAAUCUCGAUCUAGCUGCGAUGAUUUUGAUUGUUUUUGGUGUCUUGAAAAUAAAAUGAUUGCAUUAAUCUGAUCAUUAGAGACCUUUACGAUGCAUCGUUUACGAAAAACCGGAUAAAAUCACGAACAUUUCUUUAAUUUUAAGUUUGCGGAACAUGAGAGAACUGCUAUUAUAAAGGUGUUAAUUUUUCGCAUUUAUCGUCAAUUUUUUUUUUCAUUCUUUAAUUACACCGAUGCGGUACAAAUUCUAUAAUAAAAUUUAUCAAAACUACAGUUCCAUAAAAAUUUCAACCUCGGAUUGUUGUGCCAUAAUUUUUGGAAUGGCCUAUAUGUACACGUAUAUAUACAUAAUAUAUACAACAUUUCGCACCCUCCGGAUACUGAGCAAAUGAAAAACGUGAAAAUAAGAAAAAAAUUAUUAGUAGUAGAUUUAGAAGAAUAAAAACGAAAAAAAUAACAUAAUAAGAAAAAUAAUAAUAAUAAUAAUAACGUGUCGUUUUGCACGGCGUGAGCAAUCGGUAAAUCUUUCGCGAAUCGAUCGCUCCACCUUGGGCAUUGUUGAUAAUUCUCGUUAUGCUUCCAAACGAUAGUUGAAUCUCUCUUAAAACUUUCUCUCAGUGUAACCAUGUUCCAUAUUUUAGUUCAGCUUUCAUUUUUGGUAAAAAAAAAAGAAAAAAAAAAUUCGGACAAAUAUUCUCGUAUGUAACAAUAUGAAAUGUCCAUGGUACAAUGAAAUCAUGAUCAGAUUGGGUUAAUCGUUGUGUUGAAGAAAAAAAAUAAGGAAAGACAAAAGCUUAGACAUCAGCUUACAGCCAGUAAAAAUUUGAAUCGAAUUAGUUGUAUUGUGAACAAAAAAACCAACUGAAGUAAUUGUAACGAUUAUAGAAAAAGUACUACCAAAGAAGUCGACAAGUCGAUCCGAUUCCAUGAAAACUUUAAAUCGAUUACAUUCGUGAAUUGGUUCGCGAUAAUUUUCUUCGGCGGAAAACGCAAAAAAAAAAAAAAAAAAAACCGCAAUGCGUUUAUCGAAGCUUAAUAUCCUCCGCUUGACAAGUGUAGAAAAGCUUGCAGGCCG